AUGUCUUCUCUCAACUCUUGCCUGCAAUACUGUGUUGUCGUUGCCAUUUUCGCAAUGACACUAAUUUAUCUCUUGCACCGCUCUCUUCUAUCCAAACCCAUCCCAGGAAUACCUCACAACAAACAUGCGGCCAAGAACAUCAUGGGAGACAUUGACUCUUUCCUCGAUAGCCAGAAACAAGGCAUCUCAAUGUUCAGAUGGGUCGCAGCCCAAGCCGAGAACCUCCAAUCGCCCAUCAUCCAGCUAUUUAUGAGGCCCCUUUCUCCCCCUACGGUUAUCGUCACAGACUUCCGCGAAGCAGAGGACAUAUCCAUGAGACGGUACAAGGAAUUCGACCGAACCGAUUUCUUGCGGUACAUCUCUCAGCCACUAAUGCCCCAGUUUCACAUGAUGAUGAAGAGCGACGACCCCAUGUUCAAGAGGCAGCGGAAAUGGCUACAGGACCUGAUGACUCCUGCUUUCCUGCACGGUGUUGUGGCUAAGCCCAUCUAUGAGAGCGUUCAGCAGGUGGUUGAGCUUUGGGAGAACAAGGCCCGCCUUGCCGACGGCCACCCCUUUGAAGCUUUCAACGACAUUUAUUUCGGAGCAUUUGAUGCCGUCCUGGCAUUCUCGUACAGCAGCAACUUUCAACACAUGACGCUGCCGGGUCGACUGCAGCUGAUCUCGGCCCUCGACCGCAUGGAACGCCCAGCCAUGGCCGGCUUACCGGUAGUCUUUCCGGAGAGUGAACAAAGCGAAGUCAUUAGGGAAAUGCUGCAACUAGCCGAAACGGUCGAGGAAACGAGAAAAGCGGUUGUGCCAUGGCUUCGAUCUUGGUACAUCCACCAGACCCCUCGGAUCAAGACCGCCAAGAGAAUUAGAGAUGAAUCUAUCAAUCACGAACUUGAGACGGCCGUGAAGAGACUCGAGGCCAAUGAAUCUGCGUGCUCGGCGCUUGACCACAUGGUUUAUAGGGAGAAGCGGGUAGCCGAGAAGGAAGGCAGGGCCCCUGUCUACAAGUCUAUUGGUAUGCAGAGCGAAGCGUUUGGCUUCUUGCUAGCCGGGCAUGAAACGACAGCUACAACCUUUGGCUGGGGCAUCAAAUACCUCACAGACAACCCAGACGCCCAACGACGACUGCGCGAAGCCCUCCGCCAGUGCUUGCCCGUCGCGGUAGAACAGAGACGGAACCCGACCCACGAAGAAAUUAUAAAGACUAUCAUCCCCUACCUCGAUGCAACCAUCGAAGAAAUCCUCCGCUUCGCUGGGACGACUUCGGUCACGGACCGUGAAGCGAUGCAGGAUACGACGAUCCUCGGCCAUCAUAUUCCCAAGGGCACAAACGUGAUGAUGGUGACAGUUGGCAAGAGCAUCCUCAAACCCGCCUUCGAAAUUCCCGAUACUCUACGGUCCAAGACAGCGCUCGACGCUUCGAGUCGGGUUCGAAGCUGGGAGUCAUCGCCUUAUCCUGUGGAGGACUUCAAACCCGAGCGAUGGCUGGUCAAAUCAGAUAAGGACCCCGAGAAGACAUUGUAUGAUGCCACGGCGGGGCCGCAGAUGGCCUUUGGGCUCGGGCCUAGAGCAUGCUUCGGGCGGAGACUGGCGUAUCUGGAGCUCCGCAUGUUGACCGCGUUGCUGAUCUGGAACUUUGACUUUUUGUCGUGUCCUCCUGAGUUGUCCGACUAUAGAGGCUACGACGGUUUGACGGUCAAGCCUCGGCAAUGCUACGUCAAGCUAUCGAAGAUCACAUUGUAA